GAAAACACAUUCUGUACUGGUUAGUAAAUAAAAAUGUUUCCGCAAUUCCCGUCAAGAUCGAGAACAAGAGAUGGGCACGGUAGAACUGCGCAGGCAUUCCCCACCUCCCCAAUCUCCAACAGUACCUAUAUUAGAACAAGAUGAUUUUCAUCACCAGAACAGCAUUCAGAAGAAGAUCUCGGGAUCUUUUUUACCGAGGGUAAUUAGGACUUACUGCUGGAUGGAUUUAAGGAGGACCGUGUUGUUAAUCCUACUGUGUGCAUUGCUCUUGUUUGCCAUUUUUUCGUUGCCCCCUGUUUGGAAUAGCCUGAAUUCUCCAUAUCUUUGCAGUAAGGAUGGGAUUUUUCUCCGUUGUCCACAUGUCAAAGAAUCACCAUCUCUUUGGGAGAAUCCAUAUUCUGCAACCACUUCAUGGAAGCCAUGUGCUGAGAGGCAUGAAAGGAACCUUAAAGAUGUUCCAUCUGAGAAUGAAACAAAUGGAUAUAUCCUUAUCCAUGCUGAGGGUGGAUUGAAUCAGCAGCGCAUUGCAAUUUGCAAUGCUGUAGCAGUGGCAAAAAUCCUAAAUGCAACUCUUAUUCUACCAAUUUUGAAGCAAGAUCAGAUCUGGAAAGAUCAGACGAAGCUUGAAGAUGUAUUUGAUGUAAACCAUUUUAUCGAGUACUUGAAGUAUGAUGUGCGCAUUGUAAGGGAUAUACCUGCAUGGUUUCCUGAAAAAGAAGAAUUAUUUACGAGUAUCAGGCGAACUGUGAAAAACAUUCCCAAGUAUGCAUCUGCUGAAUUUUAUAUAGAUAAUGUGCUCCCACGCAUCAAGGAGAAAAGAAUAAUGGCUUUGAAGCCUUUUGUUGAUAGGCUGGGAUAUGAUAAUGUUCCACCAGAAAUAAACCGUCUGAGGUGCCGAGUCAACUACCAUGCUUUAAGAUUUCUACCUGAAAUUGAAAAAAUGGCUGAAGUGUUAGCAUCGAGAAUGAGGAAUCGUACAGGCACAUUACAUCCAUACAUGGCUCUACAUCUACGAUUUGAGAAGGGCAUGGUUGGUCUUUCAUUUUGUGAUUUUGUUGGAACAAGAGAGGAAAAGGCAACAAUGGCAGCUUACAGGAAAAAGGAGUGGCCUCGCCGUUACAAAAAUGGAUCACACCUUUGGCAGGUGGCACUUGAGAAACGUAAAGAGGGCCGAUGCCCCCUUGAACCUGGGGAAGUGGCAUUUCUGCUAAGAGCAAUGGGAUACCCAAAGGAAACUCAGAUAUAUGUUGCUUCUGGACAAGUCUAUGGUGGCAAAAAUCGCAUGGCUCCUCUCAGAAAUAUGUUUCCAAACUUGGUUACCAAAGAAGAAUUAACAAAGAAGGAAGAAUUGAAGCCCUUCCGAAAACACAUUACAAGCCUUGCAGCUCUUGAUUUUCUUGUUUGUUUGAAGUCUGAUGUGUUUGUGAUGACUCAUGGUGGAAACUUUGCAAAACUAAUUAUAGGGGCUCGCAGAUAUAUGGGACACCAUUUGAAAUCCAUAAAACCUAAUAAAGCCCUCAUGGCAAGAUCCUUGGGUGAUCCCUUCUUAGGCUGGGGGGCAUUUAUAGAGGAUAUAGUAGUUUCACAUGAUACAAGAACUGGAUUGCCAGAGGCAACCUUUCCUGGUUAUGAUAUAUGGGAAAAUCCUUUAAGUCACUGCAUGUGUAAAUCAUGAUGCUUUCAUUUCUCAAGUACAUUUUUACACAUUUUUAACUUGUUUUGGGUAUCAGGGAAGCCAUUUGGAUGUUACUGCUCUGAUAAUUGUAAAAUAUUCUUGUAUAUAUAGGAAAUUCAGUGGUUAAGUUGUGUGUAAACUAGUUCUUUUAGUAUGUAUCAAGGAAAACUUUCACUUGUUUGCCAUUUUAUGAUCUUUCUGAUGAUGACAAAAAUAUUUAUGAAGAUUUGCCAAAUGUUUAUAAUUUA